GGGAGACCCAAACAGGAAGUUGAUCUGGGAGCUACCACAAGUCUACUGGAGACCUUCCACGAGAACAGUAUAAAAUGGCAGACCCGGCUGAGAAGAAGGCCCCUCCCAAGUUCAAGCAGAGGUCCGCUCGUACCUUCAAGAGCCGCGCCCCCAAGCCUGGGCAGAAGGGAUUUGGGGACGACAUCCCCGGCAUGGAGGGUCUCGGCACUGACAUCACGGUGGUGUGCCCAUGGGAAGCCUACGGGGACUUGGAGCUCGGGGACCUAGCCAAAUAUGGAAUCGUCUAGUACGGCAGUGGGUAUGGAUGGCAAGGGAGGGGCCCUGGUCAUCCAGACCCACUGCCGUUUUCCUCUGCUCGUCUUACAAUUAAAAACUCCCUCGUCUGUUGACCUAGAGUCGGUUUACACACACAUAUGCCCGUCUACAGAUUCAUAAGAACUGUAGAUCUCUGAUACAGUUUGCACAAAAUCCCUUUUUUGUGCCGUUUUACCUUUCGUCUUGUCAACCGUUUUGAUGCAUAUUAAAAGUGACAGGGAUGUCAUAAUUACAUUGCGGCUCAAGGUCUAUCCUGAAUGUGGGGACUGUCACGCUCUCACACUUGGAUAAGCACUGGUGUUGUUUUUCCAUUGUAUUCAAGAAGGUUUGACAGCCGUGGUUAAAGCUCAGCCAGCGCCUUCUCUCCUCUCCUGCCUUUACUCUGACAUUACUGUUCAACCCCGGCCGGCGAGAUCAUUCACGUGUGAAAGUUUUAAGAUGGUGUUUUUAUGCAUGCUUGUACAUUUUGUAGAUUCUGGCAAAGAGUAAAGAUUUAGUAAAUAAAUGUCAAUAUU